AUUAUAGUUGAAUAGGGAAGUGGUAAUUGCCAAUAAAUUAAUUAUUAAUUAAUAAACUUUCUAGAAAUUUAAUGUACAUAGAUUAUUAUGAGAAAUUAAGAUAAAUUUCAAUGGCAAGACCACUGUCCCCAAGCAUGAGCAAAUUAUUCAUGUUAUAAAUAUUUAACAUUUUCAAACAUUUCAAGGCAUGCGUGUUGUCCAAAUUGAAUGGGCUAUUGAUGGACGAUAAUCUGUAUUGUAAUAUUGCCAAAUGUAGACGUAUUUUAACUGAUGUUGCAUUGGUGACACGGUGUUAUCACAUAUUUUGUCUGGACCACGGUAAAACAUAUUUUUUCAACAAUCUACCCCAAAUAAACUGUCCAGUCUGCAAUGAAGCUAAUAUCAAGGAAACGGACAUAAUCCAGUGUCAGCUCAAUCCAAAUGAUUUGAUACUUGGAGGACUUUCUCCUGACAAAGCAAUAAGCGCUGUAAUCAGUUGUAUUAAAUUGAGGAGAAAUCAACAUCAAGCCAGUCAAGAAUACAAACUGGCUCAGAUUGACAAUCUAAAUAAAAAACUUUACGAAUAUAAAAAAGCUGUAAAACAAAUGAAAAGUGCUCAUAACACAGAGCUUUCAGCUCUCAAAUCUUGCUACAAUGAAAUGGUAGGUAAACUGAAUGCUAUGGCACAGGACUUAGAAAUUGCAAGAGAAUCCGCAAAGAAAUACCAAGUCGCUUACAAUUCCCUUAUGCUUUCUAAUCAAAAUCACACAAGUAAAUUUUUCAACUGUCCAUCCCCUGUUGAUUCUCAGCUUUUUCCUGGCAGAUACAAUUCCUCUCCUUUAAAAGCUCACAGCACAACGCCCAGUCUGAUUACAAGUGAUAAUUUUCUAACAAGGCACUUCAAUAUAUAAAUUUUUCAUUAUUAAUACCGUUACAAAUGUUUAUCCUUUUUCACUACCUCUA